UUCUACAUACCAAUGGAUCAACACCCCUUCAUACAGCUUGUGAAAUGGGCAAUUCCGAAGCUGUGGAAUGUCUUUUAGACAAUCAUGCUAAUAUUCAUGCUAAGAAUAAUAAAGGUCAAACACCACUACACUUUGCUUGCGAAUAUUCAAAUGAUAUGACUUUGAAUAUCCUAGAAUUAUUGAUAGACCAUGGUGCAAAUAUUGAAGCUGUUGACAAUAGUGGUCGGACACCGCUUACUCUUGCUUGUCAUCACAACAACUAUUUAGCCGUUGCAUUUCUGUUAUAUCAUCAUGCUAAUCCUGAUCAUAGAGAUUUAGAGAAAUCAACUCCACUGCAUAUCGCUGUUAAACAUGCGUGUGUCAAAAUGGUUUAUUCGUUUAAGAGCCAUCGAACAGUACAAGCAUUAAUAGCACAUGGUGCCAAUAUUAAUAUUUUAAAUGAAAAAAAUCGAACUCCAUUGCACUAUGCUAUUGAGAAGAUGCUUUCUUACGAUAAUGAUCAAUCAUAUUGUGUUCCUGCUCGUCGUAAAAACUGUGAAGCAAUAAUAAAAAGUUUAAUAACACAAGGCAUAAAAUUGGAAGCUGCUGGCUUACAAGUAAUGGCACACCAUUCAAGUGUAGUUUAUAAUUCGAAUGACUACAUAAUUAUUGAUAACAUAAAAUAUUCUGCAAAUGAUAUUCUAAAUUUCAAGUUAGAUUCUGGCUCAAGUCAAGUAAUUAGUAACGAUGAAUUUCAUGAAUACGACGAUUUCAUUGAUGAUAUAAGACUGGUUGAAGCCGAAUGUAAGCAAGAGAUUGAACAGAUGAAGAAAAAAAGUGUCGGCAUUGAUGAUCUCACUUUCUUUGAUUUGGUUCGGACGAAUUGUCAUUUCCUAAGAAGAUUAGUUAGAAAUAAUAAAUUUCCAAAACUUCUAGAGAUGGUAUACUAUAAUAGAAACUUUCCAUUAUACAAUGACAUUAUUAAAAAUCAACUUCAAAGAGCAAAAACUCUCGAUAAACACUUUGUACUGAGAAUGUCUGCCAACGAAUAUUUCAUGUUAAAUAUUACCAAACGAUUGCCUUAUGAAUGUAUAGAUAAAAUACUAAGUUAUUUUAACAUUAAAGAGUUAAUCAUGUUCAUCAUAGCAAUGAAACGAGAAUAUAAAUGUGGUUAUGUAAAAAAAGCGUAUAAAUUAAUACAAAAUGGUGCAAAUGUUAAUCCUGAUGUUGAUGACAAUACUCCUCUUCAUUGGGCAGUUAUUAAAUUGAAAGAAAAACAUUUGAGUAUCAUCGAAAUACUACUUGAUAAAGGCGCUAAUAUCCAUGCUAGAAAUAAAGAUAAUUAUACUCCACUCGACAUAGCAAUUCAAGAUGGUAAAACAGAAAUUACGUCACUACUUAUACAAAGAGGAGCUCUUGUUGGAGAGGAUUUAAAUCCAUUGCUUCUUAAAGCUAUUAACACAAAUAAUCACACAUUGGUUCAGAUGAUAAUUGAACAUGGGAUGCUGGAUAAUUCAUUCAUUGAUUUCCAAAAGCUUGUAUACCCUGCUGUUUCUCAAGGAAAUUCGAAGAUCAUCAAAGCCAUAGUACCACGUUGUGAUAGCAUAAAAUCAACUGAUUUAUAUAUUCCUGAAUCGCUUAUAAUUAAAUACCAUGAGGAGUCUAGAGAAAGUGUUGAAUGGUUAUUGAAACGGAAUUUUAUUAUACAUCCACAUAGUUAUCGUAAUCAACAUUUUAUUCAUGGAGCUGUUGAAAAUGGACACUUACUAAUUGUCUUGCAACUUUUGAAUUCUGGAAUCAAUGUUAACAUGGUGGAUCCAACAACGGAACUCAAUCUAUUAACAACUGCUUGUUUAAAUAGACAUUAUGAAAUGAUUGAAAAACUUUUAGAACAUGGUGCAAAUAUAAAUGUGAUAAUAUCCAAUGUGAAUAACAGAUUGAUGAAAGAUGAAUGUUUCAUUCAUAAUUUAUGUGAAUAUAAAUUGUUUAAUUUAGCUUGUAUAGCAGUGAAAAAUGGUUGUGAAGAAAUAGUUCGUCUACUUUUAGAUAAUGGUGUCAAUGUAGCUCAUAUUAAUUUACUGAAUCAGUCUCUAUUGGAUUACAGUAUUAAUUUUAAUUCUAAUGUAAAAGAUGAUCGUUAUAAUAUUAUUAAAUUACUUUUAGAAAGAGGAGCAGCGAUACACCUUCAUGUUCCACGUAAUCAUUUUGUUUUUGAUGCAAUCACUUAUGGACAUCAUAGAAUUGCUCAACUUUGUCUAGAUUAUAAAGCUGAUGUUCAAUACAUUAAUCCAGAUGGUAAUACUGUACUUCAUGCAGCCAUUAAAAAUAAUUUUAAUGCCAAAUUUAUAAAAACAUUAUUGAAACUUAAUUCACAAGUCAAUACGGUAACUAGUAAUGGUCAUUCACCACUCCUUGAUGCUUGUUAUCAUACAUCAAAAGAUCAAUUAGAAAUCAUUCAAGCACUUUUAGAUUGUAAUGCAGAUGAUAAUUUUGCUAAUCAUCGUUUAGUUACACCUUUGUUUAUUGCAUGUCGAAAGAAAAAUUUACCAGUUGUUCAAGUUUUGCUUGAAAAGGGUGCAAAUCCUAAUAUUAUGGAUAUUGAUGGUGAAACCCCUCUUCAUGUUGCUUGCAUAUUCAGCAGUAAUACGACCAAAGAUAUGAUACAAUUAUUACUAGAACAUGGUGCUAACAUUGAAACUGUGGAUAUUAAAGGAUGGACUCCUCUUCAUACAGCUUGUGAAAUGGGCAAUUCUGAAACUGUGAAAUGUCUUCUAGCUAACAAUGCCAAUCUCCAUGCGACGAAUGAUGAUGGCCAAACACCAUUACAUAUUGCUUGCAAAUAUUCAAAUGAUACGACUGUAGAAAAAAUACAAUUAUUAUUGAAAUAUAAUGGAAAUAUUGAAAGUGUUGAUAAAAAAGGUUGGACUCCACUGAUCGUAGCUUGUGAAUACAAGAGCUGCAUGGCAGUUGAAUAUCUCGUGAAGAAUUAUGCUGAUCCUAAUGCAACAAAUGAUCAAGGUCAAACUCCUCUUCAUAUUGUUAGCAAAAUUCCGCACAUUAAGAAUCGACAUUUAAUAAAAUUAUUGAUAGAAUAUGGUGCAAAGGUUGAUGCUGUUGAUAAUAAUGGUAUGACACCACUUUUCUUAGCGUCCAAUGUCAAUGAUUUUGAAGCAAUAGAAACCCUUUUAGAUCAUCAUGCUAAUCCUAAUCAUGUUGAUUCACAAAAUUCAACUCUUCUACAGAAUAUUUGUAAACAAAGGCCUCUAAAUAAUGAAAAAAAUAAAACUCCUCUGUACUAUGCUAUUGAGACGUAUAAACAAUAUGUAGAGAAUCAUUUUUGGAGUCGAUUCAUUCAUACAGAUUGUAGGUUAAUAUUAAAAGCUCUAGUGUUACAAAAAGUCAAGUUGAAGACAGCUGGUUUAGAAGUAAUGAACAACAAUAUUUCAGCUGAAGUUUUCAAUCCUGAUAAAUUCUUAACCAUCGAUAAUGUAAAGCAUUCUGCCAAUGAUAUUUUACAACUCAAUUUAGAUUCUGAUUUGAAAAAAGUAGUCAGUUCUACCGAAGUUUCUACUGAUGAUAAAAUUGGUGAUAUGAGACUAUUUGAAGACAGAUGUAAGGAAGAGAUUGAAAAGAUGAAGAAAGAAAAUGUGGGUGUUGAUGAUCUCACUUUCUAUGAUUUAAUAAAGAUGGAUAUUCGUCAUUUAAGUAGAUUGUUUAGAAAUAAAAGAAUGUAUAAAAUUCUGCAAAUGAAAAUUUAUGAUAUGAAGUAUCCAUUAUAUAUAGACAUUUUGAGAUAUCGACUUCGAAAUGCUAAAACAAGCUAUGAAAAUUAUAUGCUAAAAUUGUCGGUCAAACAAUGCUUUGCAUCAAAUAUUGAUAUACGAUUGCCUGAUGAAGUUAUGGAUAUGAUAUUGGAUUACUUAACAAAUGCACAGAUGAAGACGUUUAUCCAAGCAAUAACGUUAUCAAAUAAUCAAUCAUUUUAA